UACCCUUCGACAGUAAAACGUUUUCCACAGUAAAAACCUAAUUUUACCUUGGGUAACCCUCAAAAGUUUUUGAAUUACGGAGGAUAAAAUUCCCUCAUUCCAAAAUCCAGGAAAAGGGGAAGAGAAAUUUUGCUGAGCAAGAGGUUUCUAGAGUAAACGAAAGGAAUGGCAGGUAUGGCACUAACGCCGGCUCCGGUGAUCGGGAGAACAUUGAACGGCGGCGGCGGCGGCGUCCGCCUCCCACACAACAGCUUAAACUCGUCGGGAGUGAACGCCCUCCGAAUAUCUGCCAUGAUUGAGCGCUUAUCUCGUUUCGUCAACAACAGCAGUGAAACCGACGCUUCGCAGUUCUUAAAUCUCUGCCUUUCUCUCUCUAGAGGAAUUGAUUUUGCCAUUACAAACCAUGAGGUUCCGAGCAUGUCGCGUGACUUACCUUCACUAGUAAAGCAGGUGUGCCAAAAUAAAAAUGAUAACCUUCUGCAAGCAGCUAUUAUGGUCCUGAUGAUUUCUAUUAAGAGUGCUUGUCAAAGUGGGUGGUUUUCUGAUGUAGAUUCUGAAGAGCUCAGCAAUCUGGCAAAGGAGAUCGAGGGCAGUUUUUGUAGCGUGUCAAAUUUUAACUCUGAGCCAAGCUGUUCGCUUUCGGUUAUCUCAACAAUUAUGUCAAGAUUCUAUCCGAGAAUGAAAAUGGGUCAUAUCUUUUCUUUUCUUGAAGUCAAGCCUGGAUACUAUGCUUAUGCGAGGGACUUCCAGAUUCCAAAGAAUAUAAAGUCUUCCCCAGGAGAUCAAAUAAGGUUGUUUGUUGUCCAAACGGAUAGUAUUGAGACAUCUUCCUGCCUUAUUAGUCCUGCCAAAGUAAGCUUUCUUUUGAACGGGCAUGGAGUGGAGAAGAGGACUAAUCUUUACAUGGAUACAGGGCCACAAAUUCCAACAGUUGUAACACCUUUGUUGAAAUAUGGGUCGAAUCUCCUUCAGGCUGUGGGUGAAUUCAAUGGAAAUUAUAUAAUAGUAGUUGCUUCAAUGGGUGAGAUGCGAAAGCCUGAUAGUUACAUCCUUCAAGAUUAUGAGCAGCAGGCUCCUGCAAGUGUGGAUUCAGAUUCAGAAGUAAUUGUGGGGUCAUCACGGAUAUCACUAAACUGCCCUAUUAGCUUCACGCGUAUUAAAACCCCUGUCAAAGGACAUUCAUGCAAGCAUAUUCAGUGUUUUGAUUUUGAUAACUUUGUGGACAUAAAUUCAAGAAGACCCUCCUGGCGCUGCCCACAUUGCAAUCAGUAUGUCUGCUUCCCUGAUAUUCGAAUUGAUCAAAAUAUCGUUAAGGUCUUAAAAGAGGUAGGGCCCAAUGUCUCCGACAUAAUUGUCUCCUCAGAUUGGUCGUGGAAUGCUGUCAAUGAAACAGAGGAUACCACAAAGAAGCCAGAAGAGGAUAAUACCUUCAGUACUGGCCAUGAUUCGUCACCACAACCUGCUGAUGUAAUGGAUCUCACUCAGACCGAAGAUGCAAUGGUUGCUUUUCCCACUCGCGAAACAACUGAAGACGUAAAACAUUUCCCAGAUGCCCGUCAAAGUCAACCUUUGACUCAGACCGCAGCAGUCAACACGAAUGAUGCUAAUCAAACCGGCGGUCCUCUUGCUAACAACUUCUGGUCUGAUAUGUUAAUGUCAACGUUUGUUCCACCAUCGAAUGUCCGACCCAAUGCACAGAUAGGAGGCAAUAUUCCCAUCGACACCUUCACUAAUACGAACAGAGAACUCGAGGCUUUCCAUGGUAGUAAUAAUGCUCUCGAUACAACUUCUGCGGCGAAUACAUUGCCGUUGCAGCAGUAUCAAUUUAGAAAUACACCUGUCAAUAAUGACUACGGAAGGUUCCAAUCAGCGCCCAGGCAUAUAACGAGAGUACCUAAUGCAGUUCAGGCCCUUCCUGCUCAGUCUCCCACUUCAGUCCUUCAACGAGGCUCUGUAAAUAGCCACAACUCCUUUACCCCAAAUAGUCUCUCAACCACUGCACCAAACUUCUCUACAGCUUCUCGUGCACAUCCACAUCAGGUCCCACCGGUUUCUUCAUCUUCUCUGCUCCAGCACAUACAGCAACAAAAUCGUUCGUUCUCAUCUGCUCAACCGCCACAACAGAAUGCUGGUUUUCAGGACUCGAAUCAGGUCCAAAACACAUAUAGACUUCCAAACGGACACAAUCAAAGUCAGCAGAUAGCAAAUCUCAGGAUGUCUCGAACAAUGAGCCAACCUUCCAUGCAAUCUUCCGGAAGCUUCGUGCGCACCCAAACCCAUGCAGGAGGAGCUCCACAAACAAUUCAUCAAACAGCAGCUCUGCCCAACAACUCCCAACAAUCCCACCUCAUUGCAGCUGCAAACAGAGCCGCACAUAUGGCCUUCGAUCCUUCAAGAACUGCACCAUCAUCUGGAGUUGCACCGCAACCUAUCACGAGGAGCGAUGCAUCUGAUCCGACGGCCGAUAUGACGUGGCGCCCUGCUGGACGUAUGCGCGGGGCCCUAGUUGGCCAGGAUUACAACAAUGCAUAUAAGCAGUACGUUAUACGGCCUAAUCAGCAAGCCCAUCAAGCUGGUAAUCCAAUCGUGCCUAAUCAACAAUCCCAAGCUGUUAGACCAAACUCAAAUGCAGGCUCGGUUCAGUUCAGGCCUGUGAAUUGGGAUGGUACGCCACAUAUCCCACAUGGGACUCGGUAACUCGGUGAAUUUGCUCUCUCUCUUUUUUUUUUUUUUUUUUUUCUCGUUUGGUGAAUGAAUCAAGAAUGCUCGUGUUGAAGCUUAGCUGUCUCUUAUUAUGUCUAUAUAUUUGGAGUCUGAUUGGGAAAUUAGGAAAUGCAGAUGUGAUGUUUAUGUAUGCAGAAACUUUGGUAUAUAUGACGUGGCUAAGAAAAAAAAGAAAACUAAUUCCAUGAUGUCAUAAAUCUAAAUUAAUGUUGGUAUUUAAUAU